AUGGCUGAGAAGAUUGAGGAAGAGAAAGCUCCAAGCUCUCCAGAGAACCUGACGUGUCCACUAUGUCUUGAUAUCUUUGACGAGGCAACAAUCCUGACUUCAUGCGGUCACACCUUCUGUCGGAAAUGUCUCAAGAACUAUGACCUGUCCCACCAGGACCUUGAUCACAUGAUCUGUCCUCUCUGCAGGAAUACCACCAAGUUGACUGCGAACCGUGUCGAUGAUUUCCUCACCAAUGUGACGGUCAACGGACUCGUAGACAAUUACCAUGCCAAGUGUGGAGGGAUGAACGCUGUCCUUGAGAUGCGUCCAAAAUGCACUGCAUGCAAGUUUCAUGAAGAUGCUGUCUCAUUCUGUAAAACGUGUAAUUUCUAUAUGUGCACUAAUUGCGACUGCAGCCAUAAGCAGCUGACAUCACUCUUUGAAGGUCAUGAGAUUGUAUCCAUACAGGAUAUCAUCAACGGGAAGGUCAGCAUUGGUCAUUUAUCUGAGAAGUGCUCCAUCCACAAACAAGAGAACAAAGAUAUGUUUUGUGAGGAAUGUAAGGUCCACGUCUGUUUCAAGUGCGUGAUCGUCGGUCAUCAAAAUCACAAAAUCAAGAAUCAGGCUGAUUUCGAGCAGGAGUUACGGAUUAAGGUGAACGACCUAGUUCAGCGUUGUGCCACUAAAAAAUCAGAACUGGAGAAGAACAUUCAGAAUGUGGAAGUACAACGCCAUGAAGUAUACACUGCCGUGCAGAGACUCCUGGACGAUAUCAGUCAAGCCUACAGCAUCAAGGCAAAAAAGCUUGAAGAAAAUCAUCGUAAUCUCAUCGAGAGCAUCAAUGCAGUAAAGCGGAGUUUCGAUGACGACCUCAACGUCUUGAAAUCCAACGAUCGAAAGAGGAAUAAGAGUAUGUCUAGUUCAAUAGCACUGGUAGAUAAUGACAGACUGGGUCGUCUUGAGACACACAGUCUGUCUGCUCAUACCUUGCUCUGUGAGGAGCUGGAUGCCAUGCUAAAGGAGGCUACUGAUCACACUUCUGCGGCAGCCAUUACAAAGAAAGCACAGGAGAAGAGGUUCAAGCCUGCAGAUGAUACUCGUCUUGACCUCGGGAGCAUCACAGAAUCAGUUCCCAAAUUGCAAGUCAUUCAGUGUGUUGAUCUAUGGAGACCGAUGUGGGGUAUGACCCCGUACUCUGAUGACAGUGUAGCUAUCGGAUAUGGUAAUACACAUGGUAUAGCUAUCAUUGAUUCAGCUGGUAAUCAAGAGCAGUAUGCAAACAUACCAAGUAACAUAAGGUCUCAUGAUCUUGUGUUUCAACAAGACAGGUCGAUAUGUAUAUCGACGAGUAGCACUGAAGCACACGUAUAUUCUCCCAAUGGAUCCAGGAAAUCAACCAUCCGAAUUAAAGGCAAUAUGUAUCAUCUCAAACUAAACAGAAGUCCAUCAGAUGAAAUCCUCAUCUCUAACACUGACAAGCAAGUCUAUAUCUAUGACCCGACUGGAUCCACUCUCAAACACACUAUUCCAACAAAACACAACACGGUGAGGCAGGUGUCUUCUACCAGGUCGGGUUUGAUUGUCACGAGCUCAUGUACCAGCAAUCCACGCGUGGUGACAGUCUAUGACAGGGAUGGGAAUGCUGGUAAGUCUCUACAAGCUCUAGACGACGAUGUCUCCCUGUAUGCUGCCGUGGAUGAGCAGGACAGGGUGUAUGUAGCGAGUUUUUAUCGUGAGAAUGAUAACGUGGUGAUCAGGCUCUAUGACCUUGAUGGUCUGAACCUGAAGGAGAGAGUUGAGUUCAAUGUACUUAAUCUGACGCUUAACGGUGGUUGGUGUUACUUGGUUUCCCUCUCCCCAGAUUUGCUCGUGUUUGCUUGUGGCACGAAGUUGUAUUUUAUCAAGGUAUCACUGUAA